ACCAAAGAUGCUGAGGCAGCACCUCCCCCUCUUCUCAUCUUCCUCUUCUUCCCCUAUUCAUAUGGCACUCGCGCGCCUCACCAGAAAGACAAGCUCUAGAAGUAGUGCCAAGACCAAACCUCUCCUCUUCCUGCUACUCCUAAUUGUGAUUCUUGUUGUGACGGCCGUCUUCUUGUUCCCACCAGCGACCAUGUCUUCUUCGUCGUCGUUCGAGAAUCCAAGGAAGGUGGUGAAGAAGGUGAUGUCGCUAUCCCAAGCCGAGGGGGACGGCGCCACCGUCCGCCGGAGCAUCGGCGGGCACGAGCUCCGGAACCUGGACCCGUUCCUCCUGCUCGACGAGUUCUCCGUCUCCAAGCCCGGCGGCUUCCCCGACCACCCGCACCGGGGCUUCGAGACCGUCACCUACAUGCUCCACGGGGCCUUCACCCACCAGGACUUCACAGGGCACAAGGGCACCAUCAGGACAGGAGAUGUGCAGUGGAUGACGGCUGGCCGCGGCAUCGUGCACUCGGAGAUGCCGGCAUCCGACGGCGUGCAGAAGGGCCUGCAGCUCUGGAUCAACCUCGCCUCCAAGGACAAGAUGAUCGAGCCACGGUACCAGGAGCUCAAGAGCAAGGACAUCAGCCAGGCCGAGAAGCAUGGUGUGAAGGUGCGGAUCAUCGCAGGGGAGGCCUUCGGGGUGCGGUCACCAGUCUACGCACGGACACCAACCAUGUACAUGGACUUCACAAUGCAACCAGGGUCGCAGCUCCACCAGCCGAUCCCCGAGGGUUGGAACGCUUUCGUGUACAUCAUUGAGGGGGAGGGUGUAUUUGGCAGGGAGGGCGUUGCGCCGGCGAGUGCGCACCAUUGCCUCGUGCUUGGCGCCGGUGACGGGCUCAGCGUGUGGAACCGGUCUAGUGCGCAACUACGGUUCGUGCUGGCGGCAGGGCAGCCGUUGAACGAGCCAGUGGUGCAGCAGGGGCUCUUCGUCAUGAACUCUCGUGCCCAGAUCCAGCAGGCCAUGCAGGACUAUUACUACGGACACAACGGCUUCGAGAAGGCCAGCCAGUGGAGCUCCGCAUGAUUCUCAUCGGUGUCUCGCCGUGUUGAUGAUCAACAUUGCGGUGCAUUAUCGUACAAAACAUUGGGAAGGAAAGGGAAAUUGCAUUGUACCAUUACAUUGAUGCCUUUGUGUAGAGUGCCGUAGUAGUGCUGUUUUCUUUGAUUUGUUCCUUUUUACUUGUUUAUAGGAAAGAAUGUGAUACAAUAGAAGUGUGUAAUGAGAGGAGGAAGUUAGUAAUGAUUUUUCGGUCAUAAAAAAAGGAAAUUGUUUCAUCAUAGAUUUGGGCAAGCAGAGCAAGGAUAAAUAAUAGGUCGACAUGCAGAUUUCUAGUGCUGCUGCAUGGUUAAUCAUUUCAGAUUUGAACAGGUGAAAAUAAUUUAAAUAAAUAUGAGCCACCAACAAUUUUUUUUUUGAAAAGGAGGAUAGCCCCUGACCUCUGCAUCGAGCGAUGCAUACAACCAAUUUAUUAGAUAUUGAGCAGAGUAGAGACUAAAGGCAACCAUUGCCUGAACUAUUACAAGAUAUGAAAGAAACACCUACGACUAAGUCAACUUCUUCCGCAGCAACGCCUUCAAGAAGGAAUAAACGCCAUUGUAUCAUCGUCAUCACGUCCGACCAAAGAGUAGUAGACAACGUCUUCAACAAGGCAAUGACACAAAUUCGUCACUGCUGUGCCCAACCAACAAAGGUAGGAACAAGAGUUUUCACUCUGGACAUGAAGCAGUGUUCCAAUUAGUAUCUUGAAGGUGGAUCGUUAAAUAGUCGCCUCCGCCAGUACUCCACAGCAGGGCCAAAAGGCACUAGCAUAUUG